UAGCAGAUGAUUUCUUUGGAGUUGUGUUGGUUAUUCUACAAAAAUAGUUAUUCUCCGAGUAUUACUCGAAAAACAUGAGUUCUUUCCGUCGAGAUAAGAAAGAAGAAGAAGAAGGAGGCGGGAAUCUUUUCCAAAACUUGGACAAAACUACACUUAUUCAAGAGGCCAGAUAUUUUAAUUCGACGCCAGUUAACCCAAGAAAAUGCAUUUUGAUUUUGUCUAAAAUACUAUAUUUGCUAAAUCAAGGCGAGAAACUAACCACUCAAGAAGCAACGGACAUGUUCUUCGCAACAACGAAACUGUUCCAAUCCAAGGAUGUAAUGCUCCGCCGGCUGGUUUAUCUGUGUAUCAAGGAGCUUAGUUCCAUGGCGCAAGAUGUGAUUAUUGUGACGUCAUCACUUACCAAGGAUAUGACUGGCAAAGAGGACUUGUACCGGGCUGCUGCAAUCCGAGCUCUGUGCACUAUUACGGACAGCACAAUGCUGCAAGCUAUUGAGCGCUAUAUGAAGCAGGCCAUAGUAGAUAAAAAUCCAGCAGUGAGCUCUGCAGCGCUAGUGUCAGCCUUACACUUGUCUGCAACUAACCCAGACCUUGUUCGCAGAUGGGUAAAUGAAGCUCAGGAGGCAAUAUCAUCUAGCAACAUUAUGGUGUCCUACCACGCAUUGGCAGUUGUUGCGGGAGCUCGGCGCAACGAUCGAUUGUCUACCGUCAAGCUGGUCACGAAAUUGUCUCACUCCCAUCUUACGUCGCCAUACGCACUAUCGCUUUUGAUUCGCCAAGCCGCUAAACUCGCCGAGGAUGAUCAAACUGAUAAUACUGAACAACACUUGGAAUUCAUUGAAUCGUGUUUACGUCAUCCAUCUGAAAUAGUAGUAUAUGAGGCAGCUCACGCGCUUGUGAAUCUGAGGCAGUCUGCUAGAGACCUCGCGCAGGCUGUAUCUGUACUGCAAGGCUUCUGUGGCUCCUCAAAGGCAGCGCUACGACUAGCCGGCGCUCGGACCUUGGCUAGACUUACAGCCAAAUAUCCAAGUGCUGUUACCACUUGUGCACUGGAUUUGGAAAAUUUAAUAACAGACCCAAAUCGAUCCGUCGCUACCUUGGCCGUCACGACUCUCCUUGCCACGGGCGCAGAGAGCUCUAUUGACCGUCUGAUGAAACAAAUUUCGAGCUUCAUGUCUGAAAUAUCUGAUGAGUUCAAGAUCGUGGUAGUCCGUGCCAUUCGCCAAUUAUGUUCAAAGUACCCAAGAAAACAUCAAUCUCUCGCGGCUUUUCUGGCAGGAAUGCUUCGUGACGAAGGUGGCGUUCAAUAUAAGACAGCUAUAGCCGAUGCGAUCAUUGCGCUUGUUGAGGAAAAUCCUGAUGCUAAAGAAACUGGUUUGGCGCAUCUAUGUGAAUUUAUUGAGGACUGUGAACACGUCUCACUGGCCGUUCGCAUAUUGCAUGUAUUAGGACGUGAAGGACCAAAGGCUAGGCAACCAUCCAGGUACAUAAGAUACAUUUAUAACCGUGUGAUUUUGGAGUCUGGACCAGUGCGUGCCGCUGCAGUCUCAGCCGUCGCUAAGUUCGGGGCGGUGCGCCCAGAAUUACUUCCUAAUGUAAGAGUACUUCUAGCUCGGUGUCAAUUAGAUGACGAUGAUGAAGUACGCGACCGAGCGAUAUGUUACAGCGCCAUUUUGGACUCCACUGACCGUCAGCUUAUUGAUGAUUUCAUAAUUAAUGUGCCAGUACCAAACGUGGUGCUUUUAGAAAGAGCACUUCGAGACCAUCUGGCCACUAUGCCUGGAGAGCCAUUUAAUAUCGAUUCAGUACCUACAGCGGAAGAACCUCAGAAAGUUACGGAAUCCCCUGUAGAAAUAGAACCUCGGAAACUCAUCACGGUUUCUCGUGAAGAGCAGUAUGCUGACCAAUUAAAGGUGAUUCCUGGAGUAGAAGUAUUUGGACCCUUAUUUAAGACAUGUAAGGCAGUUGAUUUAACUGAGCCCGAGACAGAGUACACAGUUCGUUGUGUUAAACACGUCUAUGCUCGCCAUUUAAUACUUCAGUUUGAAUGCCUUAAUACCCUCAGUGACCAGAUUUUGGAAAAGGUUCACAUACGCCUAGAGCCUGCACCUGGUUACAAGAUUCUCGGAGAAAUCGCCUGCGAACAACUUCCUUACGACAAGCAGGGAAGCGUAUUCUGUAUUUUGGAGUUUCCGCAAAGCCCCAUUGAGACGCUUGGUACGUUUGGCGCCACUCUCGAGUUCGUAGUUCGCGAUUGUGACCCCACAACCGGACUACCCGAUUCCAGAGAAGGGUACGCUGAUACAUAUCCUUUAGAAGAGGUAGAGAUAGGAUGUGCAGAUCAGUUCCGAACCAGAGCGGCAUCCGACGAGUGGGAAUCAUCGUGGGAGAGGGCGUCGACCGCGGCGGAAGCCUGCGAUACAUUUGAAUUGUCUCAGCGAGACGUGGGUGAAGCCGCAUUAGCCGUCUGUACUCAUUUAGGUUUACCUAAAGCGGCUAUAAUUGGAGGGUCAGAUGCGGUGAAAGAGAUCCGAGGCGGUGGAUUGUGGAGGGAGGGUUCCCCGGCGCUAUUAAGGGCCCGACUGGUAGCCGCCCAAGGCAUCGUCACUAUGCAGCUGGCCGUGCGCUCGCCUCGAGACGAUAUCGCCACUCUUAUGUUAGUAGCUGUCGGUUAAGCUUCUAAUAUUUAUUCUUACUGUCUUUAUGUAGAUUACCUAUAAAAAUAUUUGCGAUAUGUAAAUAAAAUUAUCAUAA